AAUGGGGAAGAACCUGAAGGAAGCCAUGAAGAUGCUAGAGGACAGUCAGAGAAGAACAGAGGAUGAAAAUGGAAAGAAGCUUGUGUCAGAGGAUAUCCCAGGGCCACUCCUGGGCAGUGGACACGAUAUGGUGAGCAUCCUUCAGUUAGUUCAGACCCUGAUGCACGGAGAAGAAGAAGAAGAACCCCAGAGUGCUCGAAUCCAGGAUAUUGGAGAACAAGGGCACAUGGCUUUGUUGGGGCACAUAUAUGUUGGAGCUUAUAUUUCAACUCUGGACAAAGAAAAGCUGAGAAAACUUACAACAAGAAUACUUUCAGAUACUGCCUUAUGGCUAUGCAGAAUCUUCAAGUGUGAGAAUGGCUAUGCUUAUUUCCAUGAAGAAGAAAGAGAAGGCCUUGCAAAGAUCUGUAGGCUGGCCAUUCAUUCUCGAUAUGAGGACUUUGUGGUGGAUGGAUUCAAUGUGCUAUAUAACAAGAAACCUGUUAUAUAUCUUAGCACUGCUGCCAGACCUAGCCUGGGCCAAUACCUUUGUAACCAGCUCGGCUUUCCCUUCCCCUGCCUGUGCCGUGUGCCCUGUAACACGAUGUUUGGAUCCCAACAUCAGAUGGAUGUUGCCUUCCUGGAGAAACUGAUUAAAGAUGAUGUGGAAUGAGGAAGACUGCCCCUGGUGCUUGUUGCAAAUGCUGGAACUGCAGCAGUAGGUCACACAGACAAGAUUGGACGUUUGAAAGAAUUCUGUGAGCAGUAUGACAUAUGGCUGCACGUGGAGGGUGUGAAUCUGGCAACAUUGGCUCUAGGUUAUGUCUCCUCAUCAGUGCUGGCUGCAACCAAAUGUGAUAGCAUGACACUGACUCCUGGCCCGUGGCUGGGUUUGCCAGCUCUUCCUGCAGUGACACUCUACAAACAUGAUGAUCCUGCCUUGACUUUAGUUGCCGGUCUUACAUCAAAUAAGCCAGCAGAUAAACUCCGUGCCCUGCCUCUGUGGUUAUCUUUGCAAUACUUGGGACUUGAUGGGACUGUGGAAAGGAUCAAGCAUGCCUGUCAGUUGAGUCAACGGUUGCAAGAAGGUUUGAAGAAAGUAAACCACAUCAGAAUCUUGGUAGAAGAUGAGCUCAGUUCUCCAGUGGUGGUGUUCAGAUUCGUGCAAGAAUUAUCAGGUGCAGAUCCAGUGUUUAAAGCUGUCCCAGUGCCCAGCAUGGCACCUGCGGCUGCCGGCCAGGAGACGCACUCCUGUGACGCGCUGAAUCGCUGGCUGGGGGAGCAGCAGAAACAGCUGGUGCCUGCCAGCGGCUUCACUGUCAUGGAUCUGGAAGCCUAGGGGGUGUGUGUGCGCUUCAGCCCUUUGAUGAUGGGAGCAGUUCUGGGAACUCGGGGAGAGGACGUGGACCAGCUCAUGACCUGCAUACAGAGCAAGCUGCCAGUCCUGACCUGCACACUGCAGCUCUGGGAAGAGUUCAAGCAGGAAGUGGAGGUGACAGCAGGCCUCCUAUACGUCGAUGACCCUAACUGGCCUGGUAUUGGGGUUGUCAGGUAUGAACAUGCUAACGAUGAAAGAGCAGAUCUGGAGGGGGAAAAGAUCCAUGCUGGACUCCUGAAAAAGUUAAAUGAACUGGAAUCUGACCUGACAUUUAAAAUGGGCCCUGAGUAUAAAAGCAUGAAGAGCUGUAUUUACAUCGGCAUGGCGAGUGAGGACAUCGAUGUUUCCGAACUAGUGGAGACCAUUGCAGUUACAGCCAGGGAAACGGAGGAAAACUCAAGUCUCCUGGAGAACAUGACAGAAGUCGUUCGGAAAGGAAUUCAGGAAGCUCAGAUUCAGCUGCAGAAGGCAAACGAGGAGCGGCUUCUGGAAGAGGGGGUGUUAUGGCAGAUCCCUGUGCUGGGCUCUGUGCUGAACUGGUUUUCUCCUGUGCAAGCUUUACAAAAGGGAUGCACCUUUAACUUAACAGCAGGCUCUCUGGAGUCCACAGAACACACGUAUGUCUACAAUACAAGGUACAGGAGUGACCCGCCUCCCACCCCCUCAAGUCUGCGCACCAAGCAGAGAUUGCCAGGCCAGAAGCCUUUCAAAAGGUCCCUGAGAGGCUCAGAUGCUGUGAGCGAGACCAGCUCCAUCAGUCACAUUGAGGGCUGGGAAAAGGUGGAGCUGCUGUCCAGUGGGCCAGAGCAGAGCACCCUGGAGGCCCGUGGCCCUGAGCAACCCCCGGGGACUCCCAGGCCUCAGAGGACAGAGGCCCUCCCAGCCGGGGUCCAGUGCCCAGGUGACUGCACACAGGUAGAAGAACCAGAAAGCUUAAGAUAA